AAAUGCGUUAGCUUUUUAUUCACAUUGAGCGAGGACAUUUGCAUGUCGUUACAUGGCGUGUCUGUGUGCGUGUGCGUGUGUGUGCGUGCGCGCGCGGCCAGGAUGCUACAGACUAUAUCAAUGCAUGAAGGCAACCAUGCACAACAAUACAUAAUAAUCUUUCACCGGUGUCCUUUUAGUGAGGGUUGUUUUUAUGAUAAUUACCAGCUGCAGGAUUAGAGGUCACACAGAGCACCGUUUAUGCUCUUUUUCCACAGCACUUUGAAGCAAAAUGUCCCCAAUCCAGUUUUUACACAGCAUCCACAGCAUAGUGAUGGUGCCAUAUGGGUGUUCAACGUUGUGGCAGAUGAUAGGACACCACAUUUCUUCAGGUGACUAAUAGGACUAUAACUAAUUGCACAAUAAUAUAUAUGGUGAUGAAGUGGUACCUGGCCUCACACUGUAAAAACUCUUUCAGUGGUAUUGUCCAUUUUACUUUAUUUUUAAAAGUAUAUUUAUUCCAAUAAAUCAAUUUAUUUUUAUUUGUUAUAGUUUUUGAGUUAUCUAUAAGUAAAAAGUGUGAAUAUUUUCGUAACUUAAUUUUUUAUGUGAUAAAAUUAAUUUUAUUGGACUUCCAACAUAAAAUGAUUUAGCAAAACUCAGUUCAAAGGUUUAUAUCAGACCUAAAACGUCAGGACCCGCCAACCUGCAUGCAGCUGUGGAAGAACAAGCCCAGGCACGUCUCUUCACGGAGCCCAAGGAAAACACUUUACCGGACUCAUCACUCAUAUGGGAUGGCCCUGUAAAUUGUGCCAACCAAGACACAGCCAUGCCUUCCCUUGCAUUCAUAUAGGUUGCCCAUGCUCUUUUAAAUGCUGGAGUUCCCUUCGCUCUCAUCUGUCAAGAUACCACCCAGAAGUCAAAUUCCUCAACUCACCUCAAUUGGAGAAGACAGGAAGUGGUUGCCAAGUCUCCUGCUGGGGUGGCAGAAUUUAAGGAAAGAUGGCCUGCCCUCUUCGAACCAUUCCAGAUUAAUGAAGAGUUCCGAAGGUGCACUGCUGUUCCACUGGAAUCAACAUUUAUGUCCCAGCUGGACAGGUACACUACAAAACUCCUGGAGCUCUUCAGUGCAAAAGGUGGAGUGACUGGUCAGCACAUCAAGAACUUGUUGAUGGAACUGAUACAGGACCCAAGUGCCUCUGCAGUGAUGAAGAGAGAUGUGACUCUGAGAUGCCUCAUAGAGUACACGGGAGAGAGUGGACAGGAGCUAAUCUCUGACUACUGUAACACGGACAGGGAGAAUGUCGCAGAAGAAGAUCUUCCUGGCCUUCAUGGUCGUUGCCAUGGUGACUCUGUUGCUGCACAGUGGCGGCCAUUGGAGCAGGACUAUGCAGGAUCUCCACGCCAUCUGUCCUGCCCUGUCCUCUAAUCGUCCGGCGGGCCUGAAAAUGAAGCACACCAACGUGGCGUUCCUAAAAACCCACAAGACGGCCAGCACCACCGUGCAAAAUCUUCUGUUCCGCUUCGCAGAGCGCAACAACCUGACGGUGGCGCUGCCCGGCCGGGCAUGCAGUCACCAGUUCUGCUAUCCGCGUCUUUUCAGCGCUCACUUUGUGCAUCCCCACACGCUGCCGCCCAACAUCAUCAGCAGCCACAUGCGCUUCAGGAAGGCGGAGCUGCACCGCCUCAUGCCCAAUGACACUAUCUACAUCACCAUACUGAGGGAACCGGCCGCUAUGUUUGAGUCCUUGUUCAGCUACUACAACCAGCACUGUGAGAGCUUUAAGGCCGCCAAUGGCUCUCUAGAGUCCUUUUUGGAGCAGCCUUGGCACUACUACCGCCCUCAGGACAAGCGCUCCAUGUACGCCCGCAACACGUUGACAUUUGACUUGGGUGGUGACAAGGACCGCGCCUCUACAGACGCGCCGUAUGCACAAUUCUUGGUAGAUGAGGUGGAGCGCGUCUUCUCCUUGGUGAUGAUUGCUGAGCACUUUGACGAGUCACUUGUUCUGCUGCGUCACCUUCUCUCCUGGGACUUCGACGACAUUGCGUACGUGAAGCUCAACAUGCGCACGGCCAGCUCCAAACACCAGCUCACUCCGGGCCUCUCGGCUAAAAUCCGGGCAUGGAAUUGGUUAGACGCACGCCUCUAUGACCAUUUCAACUCCUCGUUGUGGCACCGGUUGUCAGUUUUGGGCCCGGCCUGCGUGGCCCGGGAGGUCCGCCUCCUCCGGGUAGCCCAGGAGAGGCUGCUGCAGAGUUGUUUCGGUGGGCGCAGGCCUCUCUUUCGCCCAGCAGCGCAAAUAGAGUACAAGGAGCUGCGGCCCUGGCAGCCCAGUGCCAAAGUGGAGAUAGUGGGCUACGACCUUCCCACCAACCGGAGCCGUGGAUUCUCCAGCUCUGCCUACGAACCCUGCCUGAAGCUCAUUAUGCCUGAGGUCCAGUACACUAAGGUCUUGCUUCGUUCCCAAUCAAUUCGCUACCGUCAAAGCCACCAGCCGUGACUUUCGCUGCAGUCUCGUCACGUCACAGAUGGGCUGAUCACAGUCAAGACCUCUAGAGAACCAAGCCUUGUAGAGGACCCUUCGGGAUGAACAGUGACUAUGCCCACCCAGACCCAUGGGACAACAGUGCUCGGACACAAGCAGGGCAGAUGGGUGCACAAAGUGUCGUGCUCCUUGGAUAGUGUUGAAUAAGGCAGGGGUCUUGGGAAGAGUCUCCCUGAUGCUUUCUGUGCCUCCUCCCAUCUUAUGUUUGGUUCCCAGCUGCCACUUAUUGUGACUCAUAGAAACAUCAGCUGACAUGUCACAUGGGUCACGUGUUAGGAAAAACGGCGUUACAAAAUAAUGACGUUACUGACACUGUUACUUUUACCAGUGACGAGUAAUCCAAUUACGGUAAUUACUUUUAUGUACAUUACAAUGCCGUUACAGAUGCGUUGGAUGUAAGGUGGUACACUACUUUUGAUGUGGCUGCAUGUCAACAAGAUAGCCUCAGAAGCACAGCAAGUUAAAUGCAGGAAGUAACUUUUUACUAAUAAAAGCAACAACCUGCACCACACUAAAAUUAACUUGGUAUUAAAUAGGAGGAGGCAUGCACACACAGUAAACAACAUGUAGGCUAAGUAAACACCCCCACACACACAUACAUACACUCCUACAACUGCCACGAGGGAAUAAUGAACAAUGAUUGAAGUGACAAACUUGCCAUCCAUUUGUGGACAAGGAGAAAAGACAGCCAUUGAAGCACAUUCAGUCUCUUUAUUAACUAGCACUAACGCAAUCCAGUGAAAUUAUUUAACAUAGCUGCCGGCCCUGCAUGUAAACUACCACCGCUACGUUAACGAACACAGCUGAGCUAAAAUGCUGCUCAGAGCGAGUUGUCGCUGACGUCACACAUCACUUGGCAACAGGUACACAAGCUCACACACUCCGCUCUCAUGAAAUGUCUCUCAACUGCAUAUGCCAGAUAUCUCAAAUUUUUGUAUUUUUUAAGCAACACAUUUAUUACUUUCUGUAAUAAUUAAUAACAUUAAUUUAAAACAAAUGUUAGUAAUUCAAUUACUUUUUUGGUAAAGUAACAAGAAACUAUAAUUAAUUACUUUUAAAAAGUAUUUUUUCUGAACACUGGUCACAUCCACAUCCAGAAGGUUGAAGAGGAACUGCACUUUUUUUGAGAAUUUUAGCAAUCCUUAUGUUAGACAAGAACCCAUAUGUAUUUCUUUUUUGUGCAUUCUAAAUUGGAAAAAGUUGCUAACAAGAGCCAGUUGCCAAUGCAGGUAAUGGGGAUUUUAUCUACUCAGCCUCUAAAGCCUUAUAAAACACAUAAAAAUCUCCAACAUUUUAUACUGUUUGCAUGUUGUAAGUAUAUGUGUAAUGUCAUAACAAACACAUUAAUGACAGCAUUCCUUUUUAUUCCGUAUUUUGGCCAUUUUUAGCUUUUUUUGGCCGCUGUGAUUUUACAGAGUUUGCUACUAACUUUAACAAAAACAACAACCACUAGUCAUGGCAGACUGUGUGAAAGCUAAUGACGACUACUUUGGGAAAAAUGAUGAUCCAGAACCUUAUACUUUUGAGCCUGAAUAUACAGAGGGUGAGCUAAGAGUUAUAGAAGCUGGGUGCUAAGCAGAUCAUGAUUUAGUGAAACACUAAGCAUCAUUUUUGCAGUAUUGCUGAGUGCUAAACAAGAAAUACAAACUAUGAACAUAAAACACAAAACAAUCACCUACUGUACAAUGUCUGCUCUCAGUGGGAUGUCGACUGUUGGGAUAUUUAUCACAAGACGUGAUCCCCGUUUAGAUUAUGAAUUCAUCAUAAUCCUCACUUCUCAGGUAAAAAGGAUGGGAGCAAAUGAGAAUAUUGCCGUGUCUUCCUAGAGAUGUCUACGGGUCUACGUUGAUUGUAAAAGUUGACCAACUUCUCAGCUUUUGGACACAACCUUCUACUAUAUAAGUGCGAGACAUAAUAUAUAAUCUAGCACAAACUAUUACUAACUCAGACUCGAUGUAGCAGCUCAGUAGGUCAAAAGCUGCAGUAGCUACGUUACCUUCAUUGUCAAUCCGCCGAGUUACUAAAAGUAGUUCCUCGGGGUUAGCAAUAACAUUGUCGAUAAUACUUGGUUAAUAUUCAGGUAUUAUUCAUGUGUUAUUGGGGUGUUUUUGUAGAGGGCUUUUUAGGCGGAAUAGACGACUCAUAUUUUCUACAUUGUUAGCUGUCUCGUAGUAGCGUUUUUUUUUCUGACUUAGAAUGCACAAAAAAAGAGAAACGCAUAUGUUCUUGUCUCACAUAGGAAUUGUGAGUGAUGGGGAAAAUUCCCAAAAAGCGCAGUUCCCCUUAAAAAGCUGUCAAGUCAGCUGAACAACUCAAACAAAAACAGCUUCACAUAUUGGUGUCCUUUAUAGGGACGGGUACCGAAACUUUGGUCCAUAAUUGUGGACAGUAGAAACUAGACAAAAAAAAAAAAAGUAGGUAUCGGUGCUAUAUGAAUGCAGACUCAGACACCUGACAAUGAUAUUGUGCAAGUAACAUCUUGUAAGUUGGCACACAUAUUUAACAUAUUUACUUUUAAAUUUUAAUGCCGACCAUAACCUAACAACAGCGGCCCUAAGAGCACAACACAGCACUUCAUCAUUAUGCACAAAUGAUGGUCACGGCGAGCAAGGUGCAUUCUCAAACUUCGAAAAUGUGAGCAUCAACAAUACAACACCAGCAAGUUGUUUCUUUUGUACUUUCUGUUCUAUAUUGUUGCUGGUUUUGUUGCAAUAGUUAUGAUAAUUCAAUGUAAUACUUAGUGUACUAUUCUGUUCAACCUGAAUGGCACAAAAUUCCGUAAGAACAUAAAAUGUAUUGUUUUUUAAAAGGAAUGCUUUUCAUGUUUUGAUUCUAAUUUGAGCACCGUUUAAGCACCGACACCGUUUUAAAAGUACAGAUUCUGUACUAGUAUCAGUUAAAAUGUAAACGAUACCCAUAUCUCACUCACUAGUAAAAUUGGACUUCAGGAGGAAGCGAUGGGACACAGAACAGACGUUUAAGUGUGCUUCCAUUGUGUUACCAUGACAACCAGUGUGAAGAGUUUGUAAUAUUUUGUAUUUGUGCAGAGGUACUAACUUUAUUCCCUGGAGGCCAUUCAAUGCACAUACUUGACAAAAAUAUGACCACUUCACUUCUGAGUUUGUGUGUAUGUGUCCCACAUCGCUGAGAGGGGUGGGGCCUCAAACACAAUCAGCGCUGACAUCAAAUGCAAAUAAAAUAAAC